UUUCUGCCACACCACUCGCUCGCCUCGCUCCAGCGCUUGACACUCCGUGACUGACGCUGAAAGGAAACGCUCGUUGCUUACAGUGUGACAAUUUCCACGAUGCCAUCCUACAAAUACAUCUACUUCAAUGUCCGGGGUCGCGGCGAGAUUCCAAGACUUGUCUUGCAAUGCGCGGGUGUUCCAUUUGAAGACAAGAGGAUUGAAUUCGACGCAUGGCCCGCGUUAAAAAAAGAUAUCCCGUCUGGCCAGCUCCCCGUGUUUGAGAUCGACGGUAAGCAGUUUCCCGAGAGCAUGGCUAUCUCCAGGUACCUGGCAGCGGAACACGGUCUGGCAGGAAAGACGCCGCUUGAUCGCCUGAAGGCGGACUACAUCUCGGAACAGACUCGCUCCAUGAAGGAACCAGUUUACAAAUACUUCUUCCUUGAAGACGCGACGAAAAAGGCUGAGUUGGAGAAAGCUUUCUUCGAAGAGACUGUACCCAAAUAUUUCGGCAUGUGGGACAAGGAGGUGGCGGACAACACCUCUGGUAACGGCUUUCUGGUGGGGAAGGAGGUAACCAUUGCUGAUUUGGCCGUGAUGGACGCUCUGGACUUUGUCCUGCAGAACCAAGACGUCAAGGCAACAUUCGCCAGCAAAUUCCCAAACCUUUCGAGAAACUACCAGGCUGUCACAUCCCUUCCCAAUAUCAAGCAAUACAGGGACACGCGACCUGAGAACAAGAUCUAACUGACAAGAUAAAACGUAAUCUGGACUUGGCUAAUUUGUAGUCCUGAGCCGAUUGCGGUACCAUUUUUAUCAUUUAGACUACAGUAGGCAUUAAAUAAAUACCCUCAUGGCAACUUCUCGAUUCCACGUACAACUCUGAAAACAUACUAUAGACUGAUGCCCAGUCUCCCUUUGAAGGGAAUAUAUCUUAACUGGUUUUGCAACUGUGUUGCGAAAUUUGCACGAUCCCUUUUCCCGAAGAGGACUCCAUUCAACGAAAAUUACAUUUGUUUCCAAACUUGCUGCCAAAUUUCGCGCGUGUAUAUAUACGCUGUGCAGUCGACAUCAACGGAAGGGUUCGGGCUUUAGUAGGUGGGGCAGUCAGUCGGUUGUGGGAACAGCUUCAGUGCAUGUGUCGAGUCGACAAAUACGAUGAAUACACGUUGUACAUGAUCACCCUGCCAUACCCCCCCCUGCUCAGUGGAAAUGGAUUCGUCCGUUGACACAUUAUUAAAAAACCACAGGUUUCUUAUUUUCCCUCAUUGUCCCUUAAUUGAUAAUUGAUCCCUUAUUCCGAACUUUGCCUGUCCGUGCCGUCGGUAUGUUGGAUGGCAUCGUUGUUGGUGCAUGAUUUACGUUAUUCUUUUGAGACAAAUUGUAUUUUAAUAAAAAACAAUAUAAUAUCUG